CGGGCCGGGCUCUCACAGCCUACAAAUGCAGCUCCGCCGCGGCGGGGCCGCCGCCGCCGCUCGCAGCCCCCGGCAUGGCCGCGCCGCGUUGGUUCCUGGCGCUGCUGCUGCUCCUCUGGCUCGCCCUGGCCGCCGCGGGGCCACUGGGCGCUGUACCAGGCGGGCAGGAUGUGAACCAUGGCCUCAUCCGGACACUGGUGCGGCCACGGGGUGCCCGGCUCGGGGCUGGGCACCGGCCCGGUGGCUGGCGCAGGUACCGGAGACCCCGACCCCGGCUCUCACACAAGGGCCCGAUGCCCUUCUGAGGCAGGUGAGGAGCAGUGGGGA